UUGCAAUCUACCUUUCAAAGGGGCGAUCCCACCAGACCGGGCGCUGCUCGCCAUUACUACCGCCGCUCCAGCCGCUCUCCCCACAGCCCCUGCCCGCCGCCCCGGCGCAGGUGCCCGCAGCCGUGCUGCCGACGCCCAACGGCCCUAACGGCCGCCACGGCAGCGGGCGGGCCGCGCUUCCUGCCCCCGCCCUGGCGUCACUGCCGGAGCUGCCCAAGAUGGAGGCCGCGCCGCGCGGCGGGGACGCGCUCCCCAGGCUCCGGCGCUGCUUGCGGGCGGGCGCGGAGCCCCGGGACCCGCCGCUGCUGCAGCCGCCCUUCGGCGGCGGCGGCGGCGGGACGGCCGAAGAGUCUACAGCUGCAGAGAAAAAAAGAAAGCCUCCACCCAGACUGAAUAUUCACUCCGCAUUCUGGAUUUUGGCAUCAAUUGCUGUGACAUAUUACUUCGAGUUUUUUAAAACUGUUAAAGAAACUAUUCAAGCAGAUAGUUGGUGGUUUGCCUCUGGCAUUUGUUUAUUGGCUGCAUGUUUAUCUGUUGCUUUUUACUGCAUAAUAUAUCUUGAGUGGUAUUGUGGAAUUGAGGACUAUGAUGCACAGUACCCAGUACUGAUACCCAUCACAACAACUACCUUUAUUGCAGCAGCAAUAUGUUUCAACAUUGCCCUAUGGCCUGUCUGGUCAUUUAUCACACCUUUGUUGCUCUUCACUCAGUUUAUGGGUGUUGUGAUGCUUGUGUCACUCCUGGGAUAAGUCCUUCAGCUUCAUGUGAGGACUUGCAUAGCUGUUAUCCUGCAAAGUGAAUGUCACUUAAAUCACAUUCCGGUCUUUUGAUACAGUUUCUAAUACCGUUUGUUUGCUAUAACUGAUACUAUAAAGACUACCUGAUUUAAAAAUCAUUUAGAAAUAAUCCUGGUUCAGCCAGUGGCUGGGAAGAAGCAACUGACUAGCAAAGAACAGAAGGGUAGAUAGGUUUUACAUCUCUUAGUAACACAAAGCUUUUCAUCACUGCUUUGUAAAGCUUUUAUUUCUAUUUUCUUAUUAAGCAGAUGGGUAAUAAGUCAGUUGUAAAGUGUUAAGUCCUAUUUGCUGAAAAAUCUUAGAAUCAUGGAAUCAUUUAGGUUGGAAGGGACCUCCAGAGGUCACCUAGUACAGCUUCCUGCUCAAAGCAGGUCUAUUGAUUUGGAAAUAAUUGAUGUUUAAGUUCCAGUGUUGUGGGCUUUUAAUACUAUAUUUGAGUUGACAGCUUAACUGUUGCUAUUUGGAAACUGCAUACGCACUUGUAAACUUAUUAAUAGAUGACACGUAGACAUUUCUUGAUCUAUUAAACUUGUAAUGUUAUCUGUGUUACCAUGUAGGAAAUAUUUUAUUUCCUAGUUUCUUGAUUUCAGAUCUACUAGUGCUGGGGAAAAAAGAUUGGAUCUGAGUAAGGGCCUGGAAAACUGGUUGAAGUUUACACCAUUGUUAAUUUGAUAGUGCCAUCAGUGAAAUAAAUGGAUUACAGUUUUGCUGAUGUGGUUUGUCUGCAGCCAAAGAUGGAUGAUCAAGCUGUGAAUGACCAGCAAUAUAACAAACAGUUGUCACACUACACAAGAAACUAAGAGCACAAAACAAAUUCUUUUGAUAUAUGCACUAUUUUCCAGUAUUCAGGAUGUUUUUCUUCUGUAAAUUAACUUCUCAUUCUUAACAGUGCCUGUUAAUGAAGUUGCCAUUUUUCUUCCUCAGUAAUAGAGAGGCUAAUAUUAAGUUAAAUGCCAUUAGCCAAACACAGCUGGAAAAUUAAAAUAACAUUGUUUGUUUUUUACCUUGGUUGAGACAUUUAAGUAUCUGGAAACCUGGACAGCAUCUAGUCACUAGAUCAUUUUAUAUGGAGCAUUGUAUUAAAUAUUUUCAAACCUAUGCAUUUUGGAAGAUGCAAGAGUGUAGAAUGUGGGGACUGAAACUUGUUAAAUAUUACUGCUUGUGACUGUUGCUUGAAGUCUGGACUGUAAGAGGAGACUAUGUUCUUAAUUCUGACUUUGAAUUCACACCAUUGCUGAACACGCACUACAAGAAAUGUUCGAUAAUGAACAAGGUAUCUUAAGCUGCUGUUGUUUCAUUGUGUACUGACAGCAACUUUUGUCCAGUGUAGAGGAGAAAAUCCUCAUAUUCAUCCUCAAUACUCAUCUGGUCAAACCAAAAUAAAAUGUCUAGCACUGCUGUUGCUAUACUAGCUUGUAGAGUAAAUUAACAGAUUGAUCUAUUUAAUAUUUGAGUUUUUGAAAAAGUAGUUGUACUUCUGAUCUUGAAGGAGCAAAUUGCUUAUCUUCUGGUCUUCAUCUUUUAACAAAUUCAGACAAUUUUACAUCUGCAUAAGCAUGUAUAUUUGAGUAACUUUUGUUUAUUGUAUUUAAAUGUGCUUUUGCUCAGGGAGGUAAUUAUCACUGUAUUUGUGUUUAUCGACUAUAUAAAUGCUGUAGGUAAUUUAAGUUGCCUUGUACUCUUCAAUUAAAGUUACUCUUUACUACAUGA